AGGCCGGCCCAGAGUAAAAUGGACUCUCCGGAGACCUUCAUGAGAAAGCUGCCCAUCACACCAGGAUACUGUGGCUUCAUACCAUGGCUCAGUUGCCAGGGAACCCCCAGCGAGGACCACAUGAAUCCCUGUGUGAAAGCCUUCCAGGAGAGAACGCAGAGAUACAAGGAGCAGAUGGACGACUUGAACAGCUCUGUGGCCAGCACCCCGCCCCUGAAGCCCAUCUGCUCUGAGGACACGGUCCUCUGGGUGCUGCAUGAGUAUGCCAAGAAGUACCACCCCCUGACUCUGGAGUGCAAGAAUAUGAAGAAGCCGAUGCGGGAGCCCCCCAUCCCUGGCUGGGCCGGCUACCUGCCCAGAGCCAGGGUCACUGAAUUCGGCUGCGCCACGAGGUACACCAUCAUGGCCCAAAAGUGUUACGAAGACUUCUUGGACUUGGUGGAGCGGGCCAAGAGAGCCCCGCUGAAGUCAUAUGAGCAGUGA